GCCCUACUGCAGUGUGUGUGUGUGUGUGUGUGUGUGUGUAUAUAGCAGCGAAAGAGGCGCUGAAACGAGAGGAGGAGUUGCGGCAAGGUCGCUACAGCAUCACACACAGAACAGCUAGCUACCUUUUCCACCAAACCGAAUUAUAACGGACUUCAUUCUAAUUGUCUUUACACGCACAACAGUCGCACUGGAGCUUCACUAAUCACGAGCUGAUCCGGACCUGAGAGCCGAUGCCUUGCGUUAAGACUAGUGUAGCCGUUAAACUCCAUUUGCAUCCGCGUGUUGUGUGUGUGUGUAAAGUCGCAGACGCCCUGACUGUCUGUAUCUGUGAGCGGAAACUACACGAGUCUUUCCGUUUUGUCUGUGCGUGAGUGAGUGUGGACAGCUAAAGCUACGUGUUCAGUGAGAACAGCCGGCAUCCAUCACUGCAUUGUACCGGGGCCCAUUAGUCGGACAAGUCACGCGUUCUCGGUUGGUCAUGUCUGCGCUUUCCAGCCCUGAAUGUGCGGCGCAGCAGGAGACGGACUUCCUGAGGUUGAACGGCGGUAAAGGACCGUCCGGUCCGACUCCGAGUCAGAGUCGCUUUCAGGUCGAUCUGGUGGCUGAAGCAGGGGGUUCUGAUCAAAACACCGCGUGCUCACCGCGACCUGAGGAUGAGAACGCCGGCAGGCUGCGCGGUGAUGAGGCAGCCAACGGAGACGAGGCGAAAGGACGCUUCCGCGUGGUGAACUUCGCCGACGCGAGCGGGGCCCCGAGUCCAGACGCAGUGGCCGGUGACGGCCUGCAGAACGGCGACACGGCGCUGAGUGAAGGCAGCAUUCACUCCUCCACCGGCGGCCAGCAGCACUACCACUACGACACGCACACCAACACGUACUACCUGCGCACGUUCGGGCACAACACCAUCGACGCCGUGCCCAAGAUAGACUUCUACCGACAGACUGCGGCACCACUGGGAGAGAAGCUCAUCAGACCCACCCUGUCUGAACUGCACGAUGAACUGGACAAGGAGCCGUUUGAGGAUGGAUUUGCCAACGGUGACGAGCUGACUCCUGCUGAAGAGGCCGCAGCCAAAGAGGCAGCCGAGCCCAAAGGGGUUGUGAAGUUUGGAUGGGUCAAAGGAGUGCUGGUUCGCUGCAUGUUGAACAUUUGGGGUGUGAUGCUCUUCAUCCGCAUGACAUGGAUCGUGGGCCAGGCUGGAAUUGUGUGCUCUUGCAUCAUCAUUUUCAUGGCAACCGUUGUGACCUCCAUCACAGGCUGCUCCACCUCGGCCAUAGCGACCAACGGUUUUGUGCGAGGAGGAGGGGCAUAUUAUUUAAUAUCUCGAAGUUUAGGCCCUGAGUUUGGUGGCUCUAUUGGCCUUAUCUUUGCGUUUGCCAACGCUGUGGCAGUGGCCAUGUACGUCGUGGGCUUUUCCGAGACAGUCGUGGAGCUACUUCAUGAGUCUAAUCUCAUCAUGCUCGAUCAGAUUAAUGACAUCCGAAUUGUAGGAAUCAUAACAGUCAUCAUCCUCCUCGGGAUCUCUGUGGCAGGCAUGGAGUGGGAGGCUAAGGCUCAGAUCUUUCUGCUGGUUAUCUUAAUCAUUGCCAUCUUCAACUAUUUCAUUGGCACUUUUAUUCCCAUUGAUUCCAAAAAAACAGAAGGAUUCUUCAGCUACGAUUCUGGUAUCCUGCUGGAAAAUUUACUGCCAGACUUUCGAGGUGAAACCUUCUUCUCUGUCUUCGCAAUAUUCUUCCCUGCAGCUACUGGCAUUCUGGCUGGUGCCAACAUCUCUGGGGAUCUUGCAGAUCCACAAAUGGCAAUCCCAAGGGGAACCCUUUUAGCUAUUGUUAUCACCGGCAUCGUCUACGUAGGUGUUGCUGUAAGUGCAGGUGCUUGCAUUGUGAGGGACGCCACAGGUUUCAAGGUCAACGGAACGGCUCCAAACUGCAGUAGUGCUGAAUGUGUGUAUGGUUUUGACUUCUCCUCCUGCAAGAUUUUUAACACAACUGAGUCCGAUUGUAAGUAUGGACUUCACAAUGACUUUCAGAUCAUGAGUGUGGUGUCGGGUUUCGGCCCCCUCAUCACAGCCGGCAUUUUCUCUGCGACCCUCUCCUCUGCCCUGGCCUCUCUGGUCAGUGCCCCCAAAGUGUUCCAGGCUUUAUGCAAGGACAACAUUUAUCCUGGCAUUGCUGGAUUUGGGAAAGGUUAUGGCAAGAACAACGAACCCCUGCGUGGCUACUUCCUCACGUUCGGCAUCGCGCUGGCCUUCAUCCUUAUCGCCGAGCUGAACGUCAUCGCACCAAUCAUUUCUAACUUCUUCCUGGCCUCCUAUGCCCUGAUCAAUUUCUCAGUGUUCCACGCCUCGUUGGCAAACUCUCCCGGAUGGAGGCCCAGCUUUAAGUACUACAACAUGUGGGUGUCUCUGGCUGGAGCUGUGCUGUGCUGUGUAGUUAUGUUCGUCAUCAACUGGUGGGCUGCGCUCCUGACCAACGUCAUCGUCUUAUCCCUCUACAUCUACGUCAACUACAAGAAGCCAGAUGUGAACUGGGGCUCUUCCACUCAGGCGCUGACCUACCACCAGGCACUCACACACAGCCUGCAGCUCUGUGGAGUCGCUGACCACGUGAAAACCUUCAGGCCGCAGUGUUUGGUGAUGACCGGUGCCCCCAACUCUCGGCCUGCUCUGCUGCAUCUCGUCCAUGCGUUCACCAAGAACGUUGGCCUGAUGGUGUGUGGCCAUGUGCGAAUUAGCUCUCGGAGGCCCAACUUUAAGGAGUUGAACAAUGACAUGCUGCGCUACCAGCGCUGGCUUCUCAACAACUGCAAAGCUUUUUACAACCCUGUCAUUGCAGAGGACCUCCGCCUGGGCACCCAGUACCUUCUGCAGGCUGCUGGACUUGGGAGACUGAAACCCAACACACUGGUGCUUGGCUUCAAGAACGACUGGCAGAUUGCAGACAUGAAAGAAACAGAGACUUACGUCAAUAUGAUCCAUGAUGCCUUUGACUUCCAGUAUGGUGUCGUCAUUCUCCGACUGAGAGAAGGACUUGAUAUUUCUCAUAUUCAAGGCCAAGACGAUUCCUCAGGCAUGAAGGAUGUAGUGGUGUCUAUCGACAUGAGCAAAGACUCAGAUGGAGACUCGUCCAAGCUCUCAUCCAAGACCACAAGUGUUCAGAACAGUCCAGCUGUCCAGAAAGAAGAUGAUGAGGAUGGCAAAGCUCCAACACAGCCGCUGUUGAAAAAAGAUAAAGCGAGUCCCACUACACCCCUGAAUAUUGCUGAUCAGAAGCUGCUGGAGGCCAGUCAGCUGUUCCAGAAGAAGCAGGGAAAAGGAACGGUGGAUGUCUGGUGGCUUUUCGACGAUGGUGGUCUCACGCUGCUCAUUCCGUACUUGCUUACCAACAAGAAGAAGUGGAAGGACUGUAAGAUCCGUGUGUUUAUCGGGGGCAAGAUCAACAGGAUCGAUCAUGACCGCAGAUCGAUGGCCACACUGCUCAGCAAGUUCAGGAUAGAUUUCUCUGAUAUCACAGUUCUUGGAGACAUCAGUACAAAACCCAAGGCUGAGAGAUUGGAAGACUUUUCCCAAAUGAUUGAGCCCUAUAAGCUGAGAGAGGACGACAUGGAGCAGGAGGCAGCGGAGAAGCUAAAGGCCGAAGAACCCUGGAGAAUCACAGAUAAUGAGCUGGAGCUUUACAAGGCCAAGAGUAAUCGACAAAUCAGACUGAAUGAGCUUUUGAAGGAACACUCGAGCACAGCCAACCUCAUUGUCAUGAGUAUGCCCUUGGCCAGAAAAGGGGCGGUGUCCAGUGCCCUGUACAUGUCCUGGUUGGACACGCUGUCCAAGGAUCUCCCUCCUAUUCUACUGGUUCGUGGAAACCAUCAGAGCGUCCUCACAUUCUACUCUUAAACAAUUUGAUUAUCACUGAUCCUGUAAAGCACACCUUGAUGACAUGCUGACACUUAACACAAAUGUGCACACACCAACACAAUGAAGGGAGAUUACCUGGGACUGUCAGGUAAUGAGUGUGAUGGACAAGUGGACAAUACAGAACCUGAGCACAUCUUUGGCAAAGUCUUAAUUUUUAUAGCUCAGUGAUGUCUGCCACUGAGAAAUUACGUGGAGACCGAAAAUGAGAACUUUGGAAGUGCUUUAUCCAGGCAUCAGAAAACAAGAUGAGAACCUGUUCAAUGACAUGAGGUCACAGUUUCCUUGGCUCACAGGUAUCUGAGCAUGAAGUACAUAUUGUUCUGAUCACCAAUAGCAUCAUUAGAAACAUCAUAAUAAAUUGUGGAUAUAUAUAUAUUUAUAUUUUGCUUUUUGAUCAGCAAUAAUCACCCUUUGUUCCUUUUUCCUUACUUGGGAUAAAACCAUGCAGAAUGCUUUGCAACACCUUUUACAGCCUUAUAGAUGUGCCUUCCAGUUCAAUCAAAUUAGAUUAUUACUCUUUGCCCUGAUGUGUAUUCAAGUAAAUUUAGAUAUCUUCGAGUAUCUUUCAAAUUGGGUAUUUAAAAUGGUUACAUUUCAGUGAUUUUUUUUUUUUUAAUGCUGGUGUACUAGCAUUGACAUUGGUUUCCACUCCUUAUAAAAAUGUGUUUUUUUUGUUUUUUUUUCUUUUCUGGAAAGGUUUAUUUUUCUCCUGUUGCCUUUUUAUUCUUUUUUUUUCCUUUCUUUUUCAUAUUUCAGGUCUUCCUUUAAACUGUGAACGGGUUUUAUUGUUCUUAGUGUAGUACCCUCCACUAAUCCUGGAUGUGAAUUCAAAUGUACGGUUGUAGAGAACUCUAACCAGAACACUGUAGAACUUGAUCCCUCAAGGAAAGACAACAGCCUAUGGCUUUAAGAUGACAGGUUCUUGACUGAAGGACGUUGUCCCAAAUAGCGGGACAUCAAAGCUGCUAUAAAGUGAUGGACACACAGAACAAUCAACCAAAUAAAAAAAUAACCUCUUGAACAUGCAUACCUAAUUCCACAAUUCUGUAGGUUCUGCUAUCGAGGAGGACUUUGCCUUAAAAGCAGAAGUAAUGAUUGUUAACUUCUAUCUUAUAAGCCAUACUGGCUGGUUGUUUGAUUAUCGGGUAAAUGCAGUUGUAGACAGAUCAAUAGAAUAAAAAUGGAAUGUGUAAAUUCAGUAGUUUUUUUUUUCUCCUUAAUCUGUGUUAAUUUUGUCGUAAAUUCCUCCCAUCGUGUGGGCCAUGUUUUUCAUACAGUCCAGAGUUGUAGCUACAAAGUAAGGCUUUUUAGUGUCCCGCAUCAAUAGCCUUGUUAUAUUACAUAGACAUAAACCAACUCUUCUGUUAAGGUUACAGUGUAAAGUAAUGGACUGUUACAGCAUCCAAUUGUUUUUAGUUACAUUAGCAUAAAUUUUAGGGGCUUCCAUGCCUUGUGCAUUGUAGUUCUUGAGGCCUGUUUUAAGCCAUCCUACAGUUUUCAGAAUGUAUUGAAAAGUUGACUGAGAUAUAAUGAGAAUGUUGUCCACAUGUCUGCGGUGUUGCAUGGGAUGCAGUAGUAGCUCUAUGCAGGUGAACUGAAAUGAGUGCUACUCAUUUCCCAGUCAUUUCUCAUGACACUAAUAGUAAUAAAGUGACUUAUCCAAACUCAGGAUUGGACCCCCCACACACACACACACACUUGCAGUGCUUUUACCAUUUAUUGUUGAUUGUCAAUUACCAUUUACGCUGUUGUCAACGGGACCAGGCGAGAUCGAGAUGGAAGAUACUGAUGUGAAUUCUGUGAUCAGAUUUAGUUAGUGGGGUAUUUUAAAAUAAAAGAAAUUGACUGGGAAGAAAUUGCCUUACAGUGAAAUUCUACAACAAACUAAAGGUUAUUUACAAAAAUUCCUUCUCCUUUCUGCACUUACUGUAGUCUUCAUAAAAUGUGAGAUGUUUCUUUAAAUGUCAUUUGAAUGUAAACACUAAUGCUGACAAGCAUUUGUUUUCUGUCCACACAUUUUAGCAAAGUAUUUUUUUCCAGCUUUUCUCUACCGAGCCACAAGACAUGCUUAAUGAUGUGAUGUGCUUUGUUGGGCACUUAGUACUAUAAAUACUUCAUCUCACCAAUGUUUGUUCAUCACCCAAUGCCAUGUGAGAAGUAUGCCAUGCACAAUUGAAUAUACUCAUAUUUAUAACUCUCUCUCUCUAAAUAUAUAUAUAUAUAUAUACUCUAGUGUGUAAACAGAAUUUGUAUUUAGUAUGUGUCACGUGUACAAUGUACCAAUCACCUACUGUGUGUUUGUACAUAAGUGUGCUAAAUGUAUAGUUACAUGUAGCUGUGGCAGUAGAAGCUACUGUACCAUGGGAUAAUGGGGCACUUCAUAUGUGCCUUUCACAGCUGUUGUGUGCUAGACCUUAUACAUCAAGUGUGUGUGUUUCCAUGUUUCCCAAGUUGCUGCAUUUCUAUCAACCUACUGGUCCAUAUGUGUAGCCAAAGCCCAGUACUUCUCUCUCCAAGAGAGCUGGGAGCCAUGAGAAAUGAUGAAAAGCAGGAGUCCGUAGCUCCUGUCCGUAGCUCCCGAGUCUAGUUCACACUGUUUUUCUGUACUAACUUGUAAAUAUAUUCUGGCCUAACCAGAUAAAUUAGGGGAGUGGAGUAAUAAUGACAAAAUUAAUCUGGAGAAAUUAUUUAUUUUAGUUUAGAUUUCUCCUUUUUGUGUUAAAUUAAUUGCAUGUUGAUUUCGUUUCUUUUUGAUUACUUUUAAAACUUUGUUCUUCCUUUUUUUGUGUCUAUAUUUCUAUCUUUUAUAUGCCUUUUAAAAAACUGCUUUGGCAAGUUGUUGAGUUUUUGCUCAAGCAAAAAGGGUGGAUCUAAUGGAUCAUAGUUGGAAGAGUAAUGUUUUGAUAUAUUGUACUGUUAAUUGUCACAAAUGAUUUUUCUAACAUUUUAACAUUUAAGGUUACCAAUACUUUGUACAUCUUUAUUGCAAUAAAUAAAAAAUCGAAUGUAAACUCGA